AUGGACGGCAUGGACGGCGACACGGACACUGACACGGAUGCACUGCCGCCUCCGCGCCCUCCGCCUCGCAGCAGCAGCGGAGCGCGGCCUGCCGGUGUUGUUGCACCGCCCAGCUCGGCUGCGGCCACUGCGGCAGCUGCACGCUCUGCCGCCCCGCCCAGCCCGCGCGGUCCAGGCGUCGCAUCUGCACCUGCACCUGCACCUGCACCUGCGCCGUCGCCGGCACCCGCCACGCGGCUGGCACCUCCUGCUGCCCAGCCACAACCACAGCAGCAGCAACAGCAGCAACACACAGCUGCUCUGGGAGGGCUGCCGGCCGACAACCCGUACAAUGCACGGGCAGGCGCUUCUGCCCACGCGCUGUCGCCAAACAGCGUGAGCCCCGGCGCGCGCAGCCCUGCGACACAGCACAAGGUCAUGGCCCCGGCGCCUGCCGCCGCCCCGCUCGCAGCGCCGCCCUCGCCGAUGAGCCUGCGGAACGGCGGCGCAGCCGUUCCUGUUCCUGCACCUGCUGCGGCGCCACAGGCGGCCACGCCCUCGCCGCUGGAGAAGCUAGAGCUCAAGCACGGCUUUGCCGAGUCCAUGAAGGAGGAGCGGACAAAGCACAGCAAGAUCUGGCUGGCCCUCAACCCACAGCCUCUCGCUUUCCAAACGGCGAGGGAUCGCGCCGAGAGAGAGGAGAACAAGGAGGUUCUCUCAGAUCCGUCGGUCACAAGGCUGAUCCACGAGAUGAAGUCUGGCGUUGCGCACGCCCCGCCGCCCUCGCUCGUUGCUGGAGAGGAAGACUUGAAGGACGCGGAAGAAUUGCCGGCGCAAGAGGAGGAAGAAGAAGAGGAAGAGGAGGAGGAAGUUGUGGACAAGAACAACCUGCCCGGCUUUGACAAGGAUGUCAUUGACAUGCUUGCUGCGCGUCGAAAGGAGCGCGAACUCCAAGAGCAGAAGCGGCGCGACGAGCUGAAGCAGAAGUUCCUGGCGGAGAAGCGUGCCAGCCAGGAGGCGUUGGAGAAGGAGAUGGCG